ACGCAUCGUUUCCAAACAAUGCUCAGGAAGAAGCCACGUUGACGGUCCAGAUUGAAGUGUAGUGCACAUUUGCAGGCAGAAUAAAGCAGGAAUUUGUUUGUUAGACGCUCUGAUUUCUUCUCGCUUAAGACUCCAAAUCGGAGCCGAGAUGUCAUCACCGCCGAAGGAGAAAGUCGAAACCAAAGGAGGACAUCCCCCUGCAGUGAAGGCAGGAGGUAUGAGGAUAGUGCAGAAGCACCAGGCAGCUGCUGCCCCAGAACCACCACAGAAAGAUGACGAUGAGGAGUAUGUCAGCAGCAGUCCACCAAAGGUCCCAGUGAUUGUGUCUGGAGUGGUUACAAAGGGUGAUAAGGACUUCACCCCAGCAGCUGCCCAGGUGGCUCACCAGAAGCCCCAGCCUUGUAUCCCCAAGCUGCCACCCGCCCAGCACAUCAACCAGCACAUCCACCAGCCCCGCAAGUGAGCCAGGCAGCAGGCUACAAUGGCUAUGCUAACUCCACCAGCCGGCCUUCCCAAUGGAACACAUAGGAUGAAGAUGUUUCCCCACUAGGCACAGAUCUCCUCUAAAUAAUCAGAGUAAUUUUUGUUAGCCUGUUGCGUUACAUGUACAAGGAAUUUGUCAGCAACAGUUACCUAAUGCCAAUACAGCCAUUGUAGAAGUCCCACUCUUCACACCCUUGCUGCAUUGGUGCUGCACUCUUAGUUCUGCAAUUUUGGGUCUUCUCCUUAAAAGGCAUUGCUUUGACAGUUGUGUAGUCCUAAGAUGGUAUAAAUGGGCAGAGGGUCUUCUAAAAUGGCUAACUUUCUUGGAUUAAAUGAGCUGAGAAAUUGACCUUAGAUCUGAGUCUGUGGGGGGAACUCUCACUCCACCAAUGUGCUGACCAAUACCACAUCAUUGCAACCAGCCAAUCACAGCAAACCCGUCAAUCAGGCCAACUAACCAACCAAUCACCUCACAGUGAUGAGCCCAGGCUCCAGCCUUCUACCUAUGAUCUUCACAGACCAAAAGAACCAAUCAACCAAUCAUGAGGUGGACACCAGUUUCACAUUAUCACCACAAGCCAAAAAAGAACACGCAGACAUUUUCUAAAUUGCAAGAAUCAGGUCGAUGCAAGUGUAUUACUGAGACUUGCCAAAGUGCACUUGUACAGCGUGGACCAGAGAAAGUAAAACUAGCCAUUUACUUGACAGCAUUAACCAAUUAUGAGCCUAAAUGCUGAGGUUACCAGCAACUUUGACAGGCAUUCCAUUUGACCCUUACCCCCAUAUCCCCACCACAAAUGUCCACCGAAAUUAGAGAUGUAGUGAUUGAUCGGCCUGCAAUCGAAAUCUGGAAGUAUUUUCACUCUGGAGAACAAACUGGACAUUUUCAGUUUUAUAGAUGCCCUAUAAGGAGAACAAUAAGAUGUAAAACAUGACCCAUUUCUGUGUAAUGAUGUCUGUCAUUACCUAAGUAGCUACUUGAUGCAUGUUGUUAAUGUCAUGACUCAGGAUAGCUACCUACAGUUAUAGCAGGGCCUAAACCUGCUUAGAUUUUGCUACAGUUUCUUCCUAUGUAACUGGUUCUUACCUGUUAUUCAAGAAAGAGCCUACCUCUUCUCUGCUCUGCUCUUCUAGCAAUGUAAACGGAUUUUAGUGCAAACUCAGAUUUGCGUGACAUGGAUUUAUAUUGUAUCUGCUACACACAAGCGCCAACUGGAAUGAAAAUGCAAGAGAAACUGUAAUGAAAUCUUAAGAAAGCUAACUACUGUGAAGCAGCUGCAGGAUGCUUCGUGUUUACAUUAACAUUUACCUUAACAUCACAAGGAAGUAGCGUUCUUCAUUACAAACUAUAAAAAACAUUGCAGAGAAGAGCAGUUCGGAAUAGUGUGAGGCUCUUAACUGUAACAUGAAGGUAAAAACAUGGACAAGUGCACAAGUGCAACAAUGGCCAAUUCUACAUUCCAUAGAAAAGUGAUGAAACAAAUACUGUAUUUCAACCAUGUGACGGUUUAUCAGUCUACAGAAAAUGCAACACAUUUAAUUUCUACAAGCCAGGGUGUAUACAGAUAUGGAUCCUGGCAUAUAAGAAAUCUAGAAAUGAUACAUAUCAGCACACACACAAACACACACCACCCUUUUCCUUAAUCACCCAUUCCCUUAUGCUCAAGUGACAUUUGUUGCAACACUAAAGUUCAGGUUUCCAGAAAAGAAAGAAAUUUAUCUUGCCAAGAAUGAAUGAUCUCCUAUGUUAAUUUAAUUAAGUUUAAAAGAGUUUUAUUUUUUUUUUCUCUCUUUUUUUUUUUCAUGAGUAAAUUGUUCAAAUUGUACAAAUCUUUAGUCAUUGAGUGGACUUAGGUAUUAGGUGUGGUUGUCAUAGUAAAUAAAGAUGUAGACUAUCUUGAAAAUUGA